GAGCGCUCCUCGGACCGUCCGUUGCGGGGUGACCCGGAAGCGCUCGUCGAGGCCCCGCCCCCACCUACACAUUAUUGCUGCCGGGGGAGCACCAACUUCCUUUUUGCGCUGGUGCUGGACUGGGAGGAGGCAGGCGCGGCCUAGACAUGCAGAACGACGCCGGCGAGUUCGUGGAUCUGUACGUCCCGCGGAAAUGUUCUGCGAGCAACCGCAUCAUUGGUGCGAAGGACCACGCAUCCAUCCAGAUGAAUGUGGCCGAGGUUGACAAGGUAACUGGCAGGUUUAAUGGUCAGUUUAAAACCUAUGCUAUCUGCGGAGCCAUUCGGAGAAUGGGUGAGUCAGAUGAUUCUAUUCUUCGAUUGGCAAAGGCGGACAGCAUCGUUUCAAAGAACUUCUGACCAGAGGAAAUUGGGGAAUGUUUGUCAUAAAUAAACAGUGAGAACCA